CACAUCUGGUCCUCCACAUCUGGACCAAUCAGGACCAAUCAGCACCCACCAGGACCAAUCAGGACCGGACUCCUGCUAUUAUUAUUAUUUCUUUUUAUUAUUGUUGCCUUUUUUCUACACUUUUUCCCGAUUGAAAUCAAUGAAGGAGAGACGCUCGUGUCAGAAGCCAUCUCUCCCAUCCAGCAUGGAUCCCAGUCACAGCGUCAAGUGUAAGAUAGUGGUGGUGGGAGACUCCCAGUGCGGGAAGACCGCGCUGCUGCAUGUGUUCGCCAAGGACUGUUUCCCGGAGAGCUAUGUCCCCACAGUGUUCGAGAACUACACGGCCAGUUUCGAAAUCGACACGCAGAGGAUCGAGCUCAGCCUGUGGGACACCUCAGGAUCUCCGUACUACGACAACGUGAGGCCUCUCUCCUACCCGGACUCCGACGCCGUGCUCAUCUGCUUCGACAUCAGCCGCCCGGAAACCCUCGACAGCGUCAUGAAGAAGUGGAAAGGGGAGAUCCAGGAGUUUUGUCCCAACACCAAGAUGCUGCUGGUUGGAUGUAAAUCUGACCUGCGCACUGACCUGAGCACAUUGGUGGAGCUUUCCAACCACAGACAGACACCAGUCUCUUAUGACCAGGGUUCCAGCAUGGCCAAGCAGAUCUCGGCGCCCUACAUCGAGUGCUCGGCGCAGCAGUCGGAGAACAGCGUCAGAGACAUUUUCCACGUGGCCACGCUGGCUUGCAUCAACAAAAACCACAAAAACGUCAAGCGCAGUAAAGCCACCCGGGCCAACAAGAGGAUUUCGCACAUGCCCAGUCGGCCCGACCUGGCGGCCGUGGCUUCAGACCUCCGGAAGGACAAAGCCAAAAGUUGCUCUGUCAUGUGACCGACCAGCCUGAGGGGGAUUAGACUGAGGAGAAUGAGGACAGAACCCAGUGCGAGCAGGAAACGAUGGGGCAGCGCUCCCUCCUGCAUGCUAAAGACCCCCGAUCUGUCUGGAGAGGGCUUUCGUAAGCUUCAACUCAUCUACAUGUUACUGGAAUACUCUGCACCGACGAAAACUCAACGCGUCAUAGCGUCCCAAUCCAUUUGGCCCCCUGCCCUAUCAGACAAGGAAGCAAUCUGUCAGAGGGCUACCUGCUCCAGGAAGUGACCUGCUUCCUCCGGGAGGACAAAGCGGACGCGGUGGAAGCUUUCCACGCCAACAGGAAAUGAGCAGGAGGAGUGAUGUCAUGAGGACGCAUUCAUUUGUAAAGGAAGGGUGUGAGAACGUGUGAUCUUUGUGAAUGAGAACCAAAGCCUGCGAUUAGGGGUUUGGAUGCUUGGGGAGAAAAAAAAAAAGUGGAGCUGCUGUUGUUUGUGCCGGAUCAAGGACUUUUUGCUCGGAGGGCUUAAACAACAAGUCGUCCCUGUGGUUUGGAACUGAUUCACUCUCACCCCUGCUCCUGUAGCUCCUGUAGUAACUGUCUGUGUGCAGAGGAGACCAGAAGAGGCGUUUCCUCGCGCCGCCUGAAGGAAUCCUGGCACUGCGUGUCCCCUGUCUUUGAAAUGUUGUCGGUAUAAUGUGAAGUCAUUGGUGUGUAACUGCGUCAUUGUUUGAUUUUUAAGCUUAAUCCUGAUGAGUUGCAGCCACGCGGAGCUGAAGCUAGAAGCUGUCCGAGGUUAAAACUGCACGUUUGUACCAGUCAGACAUUUCCCCCUCAACAGCUAUAGAUGUUUGCUGAUUUUCUGAAGACGAUCUCCACACAAGACAUGAAACUUGAAAACGAUUAGCAAAGAGGCUGGAUUCAGCCUCCAGGGUUUGGCCAACGAUUCCUUCAGUCCAUGUAAUAAACAUUGAAUUUGGCCGUUAAUCUUCUCGAGGAGUGAGAGAUUGAGCUGAAAGAACUUUAA